CCCACAAUGCACUGGGGCGGGCAGCCUUUGAAAAAGUGGCGCGGAUCGUUCAAGAUGGCGGAGCUCGACCAGUUGCCUGAUGAGAGCUCUUCAGCAAAAGCCCUUGUCAGUUUAAAAGAGGGAAAUUUAUCUAACACAUGGAAUGAAAAGUACAGUUCUUUACAGAAAACUCCUGUUAGGAAAGGCAGGAAUGCGGACCCUGCUGUAGAAAUGCCUUUCAGAAAUUCAAAAAGAAGUCAACUCUUUUCUGAUGAAGAUGACAGACAAAUAAAUACAAAGUCACCUAAAAGAAACCAGAGAGUUGCAAUGAUUCCACAGAAAUUUACAGCAACGAUGUCAACACCAGAUAAGAAAGCAUCACAGAAGAUUGGUUUUCGAUUACGGAACCUACUCAUGCUUCCCAAAGCACAUAAAUGGUGCAUAGAUGAGUGGUUCUAUUCAAAUAUAGACAAGCCACUUUUUGAAGGAGAUAAUGACUUCUGUGUAUGCCUAAAGGAAUCUUUUCCUAAUUUGAAAACAAGAAAAUUAACAAGAGUAGAAUGGGGGAAAAUCAGGCGACUAAUGGGAAAACCACGAAGAUGUUCUUCUACAUUUUUUGAGGAAGAGAGAUCAGCAUUAAAACAGAAACGACAGAAAAUCAGGCUCUUACAACAAAGGAAAGUUGCAAAUGUCUCGCAAUUCAAAGAUCUCCGAGAUGAAAUUCCUCUACCCCUGGUUAUUGGAACCAAAGUUACAGCACGAUUACGUGGUGUUCAUGAUGGUCUGUUUACUGGUCAGAUAGAUGCUAUGGAUACUCUUAAUGCUACUUACAGAGUAACUUUCGAUAGGACAGGGCUGGGGACUCACACCAUUCCUGACUAUGAAGUCCUUAGCAAUGAGCCUCAUGAGACAAUGCCAAUUGCUGCCUUUGGACAAAAACAGCGGCCUUCUCGGUUUUUUAUGACCCCUCCACGGUUACAUUAUACCCCUUCUCUCCAGUCACCAAUUACAGAUAGUGAUCCUUUACGACAGUCGCCUUGGAGAAGCAAAAUUUCUGGCUCUGACACGGAGAUGUUAGGAGGCUUCCCAGUAGAGUUCCUUAUCCAGGUGACUAAGUUAUCAAAAAUUCUCAUGAUUAAAAAAGAACAUAUCAAGAAAUUAAGGGAAAUGAACACAGAAGCAGAAAAGCUGAAGUCAUAUUCCAUGCCCAUUGGCAUCGAAUUACAACGAAGGUAUGCAACAAUUGUUCUAGAGCUUGAGUAGUUGAAGAAGGACCUAAACAAAGUUUUGCAUAAAGUUCAGCAGUAUUGCUAUGAGCUUGCCCCAGACCAGGGUCUCCAGCCUGCUGAUCAGCCAACAGACAUGGGACGGAGGUGUGAGGAAGAGGCCCAGGAAAUUGUCUGGCAAGCCAACCUCUCGUCAGGACAGCCCUGUGUUGAAAACGAAAAGCUGACAGACUUAAUCGCCAGGCUCACUGCAAUUUUAUUACAAAUUAAGUGUCUAGCAGAGGGAGGAGACCUGAAUUCCUUUGAAUUCAAAUCACUCACAGAUUCAUUAAAUGACAUCAAGAAUACAAUAGAUGCUUCUAAUAUCAGUUGUUUUCAGAAUAAUGUAGAAAUCCAUGUUGCGCAUAUCCAGAGUGAUCUGAGCCAGAUGGGAAACUUACAUGCCUUUGCAGCCAACAACACCAACAGAGACUGAGCGCAGGAGACC